GCGCACUUUGCGCACGUUAACAUUGCAAUAUUUGCACUGAUGUGGACUAUUGUGUUAGCUUUUUUAGCAAAUUAGGUUGGAAGUACAAAACCGCAUAUAUCUUACCAAUUGGCCGACAGAGGGAAUAUUUUCCUAUCUUUCGGCAUCCUGAAUUCUGAGUGAUUAAAAAAAACAUUAGUAAACAAAAUGUUUCCACCUCGAGGUUUAAAAUCUUUAGCUGUGUACCAACGCCAUCUAUCGUUCAAGAUAAAAACCAUAGAAGGAAAGUUAUAAAGCUGGUAUGGGGCGUAAGAUGGCGCUUGUUCUUAUUCUGAUGAUAGCGAUUACUGCAACAAAUGCGAACACAAACGGAGAGAUGGCGCUAGCUAACGUGACACGAAUGGCAUCGGGUGAUAUAUUUUCGUUAGUUGGCACGGACUGUGGUCUAACCCGUUGUAUGGAGGUGUCACAUGGUACAGCACUAGCGGCACUUGGAGGCAGCGAUUGUAUGUGUCAAUGUCGAAAAGACACGCCCGCCUUCAGAGAAGAUCGACGGAUAUGUGUCAAUCACAUAGAUGAAUGUCCUAUGGCAAGCUUCGGUCGGGGUUCGACAAAGCCCCUAAUACCAUUUGUCUUCCUGCCGUUGAAGGGACAAAUCAUAUAUCCCUCGAAAGAGAUAAUUUUUACAGACGUAGAAGAUUCAGUGUGUGCAGUGACAAGUGCUCAGUACCUUUCAUCGUCUGGUUGGGUUACUCUUCGAGAUUUGGUGGAUAACGACGUUCCUUUCGGCCUUUAUAGGGAUGAGGGCAGCACAUACUUACAGUGGAAAGGGUCAUCAGCGUUACAUGCAAGACUGGAGGGCAGAUUGGUGGCAGCUCAUGUUCUGUGUUCAGCUCCGCCCCCCGCGAGACUUGCUACGUCAUGCGCUGCGUUUCGAGUCGCCGGCGCAACGCACAAUGCUCUACUUGAUGUUAGAUCAAUACCAUUCCACGCUGGAGAAACUGUAACCGUUGAGCCGACCACACAAAGCCACGGCUUGAGCGUCCUAGAAUCUCUUGCUAUUGGAGUGUGUGUACUAAUGCUGGUCUUCAUUUACGCUGCUGGUAUAAUAUUCUAUAUACAUUAUAAGCAGAAACAGAGGAGGAAGACUAAGGAUCCAGAACUGAACAUUAACAAUACUAUCAGUGAAAAUGGUUCAACUAUAGAUUCGAGAAUAAAUAUGGGUAGUAUGAGACUGAAAACCAAUCCUUUGCUAGAUACUAUGAGAGGAGAUUAUAUAAAUGAAGCAGGUUUGUCUGAUGUCAGUGAACAGACAGAGGACACUAUUGAUUCUUCUCCUUCUAAUUAUCAUAAAUUCCAGGAAAGAAAUUCUAGUGUAGUAUCAGCAGUCGUGCAUACGAAAAGAAAGAAGCCGACGAGACCAAACAUAAGAGCUACAUCUACACCUGAGAGAUUAAAUGAAAGAUUUCAAAGAAGGUCUGCAUCGCCAGAAAUGGAAAAGGCUCCACAUUCAGAUGUUUCAAUUUUACAUUGCAAUAUAGAAAAUAACGUCAUUGAGAAUAUUCCACAAGUAACGAACGAAGAGCCAGUUAUUAGAAGAAAGUUAUAUUUUAAUCCUGUGUUUUUCGAAACCGAACACUUAAAGAACCCACCUCCAGCAGCGGUCGAUUUUCUAAAUAAACUUCGUGAAGUUAUGUCAAUUGCGAAAGAAAAAAUGACGUCAAAACGAUUCAUCCCUAAUCUAUCAGAUAUUGCUGAAGAGGAAUCGUAUCAUACUAUAGAUCUUGGGUGGGAUAUUCCAUGUGCACGACGUGGUAGAAGGUUUAGCGCGAUCAGUCUUAAAAGAGAAAAUAGUAGGAGACAAAUCCACUGCGGUGGAUGUCCAGGUUGUGAUAGUAGUAGGGGACAAAAUUCAGGUCUGAUAAGGUCUAAUUCUUGCAAAACAUGUGUAAGUGACGAUUAUAAGCAAAAAAUUGUACAAAGGUGGCUAGAAGAUGUUCCUUUACCAACACAUGUGACUAAGUCGACUAAAGUAGCUAAAGUAAGUGGAACACCCAGGAUUAUUGAGCCAAAAGAAAAAGAUGAAAUGCGUAUUAAUCCAGCAGAACCACUACGUAAUGAAGAAUGUGAAACUUUAAUAAUUUCCGAAUCUAUAUUAAAGGAAAUAAUUAAUGAUUCACGCGCGAACAACACAAGUAGUGAAAAUACGUUAUCAAAGACAGAAAGUGGAAUUGACAUGAAUGAAAAUAAUCCGAACUUCACGCAACAUGAGAAACGAACAGAUUUAAAUCAUGCAACUCGACGAGUUCGAAAGAAAUUGCCACCUCCACCUCCACCACCAACAGCACUGCCAAACGUUGACGAUGAACCAGAACCAGUCUUACCGGAAGUAAAGGAAAAGAUGGGGGCAGUAAUUCGAGAGUUAAAUAAGUGCCAAAGAGUUGCACCGGACACUCUAAACGAUAAGAUUGUUUUACCCGAACAAGCUACUCCGAAAAUAAUAAUACCAGUUACUGCGGCUGAAUAUGACACGACACCAAACAUACACAAAAAAGAGUUCUUUAUGUCAAGAGAUGUUGAUAUAGACUAUGACAGCUUAGAACGAGGUAAUAAACACAGAAGAUUUUCACUUGAGUUUGGCUCGGAUUUAUCUCAACCGGAUGAUAUUCCGUAUCAACAGAAUUUACAAAAAUCGCGUGAGAGACUCUCGCGUAGUUGGCGCGAUUUAAAAAAUGCAAUUGAUAGUAAUUUCUCUUCACUGCAGCCGGUGCCUCUAGAUACUGAUACUAAAAAAGCGCCGCAUACUAAAGAUAUAUUUGUACAUAGUUUUGAACCUAUUUACAAUAACAUUGAAAAUCUAGGACCCUUAACCAUUGAAGUUCGGGGGUCCCCCAUAGAAGAACGAAAACCUGAAAAAGAAGACUUUGAUCCUGAUACGCUGGAUCGUAAGCCAAAGAAACUUAUAGAGACACAUGAAAACAAGAAGUGCGUUGAAAAAAUUUUGUUAAAGUCAGGAGGAAGUUUUAAAAAUAAACUCAAUUUACCCCAGGCACAUAAAGAAAAGACUCCGCCCGAAGCGGCAUUUACAAGAAAGAUUGGUAGCUUACGCCAAAUUUAUGAGGCAAAAAAUAGAGCUUCUGAUGGUGAAGUAGGAUUUUACGAAAGACGAGGAAGCAUUCCACAUGAUCCAAAAGAGUUGUCAGAAUAUGUCAAAAAGCUAGAUUUACUGCGAUCUACCGACCAAAGUGAUCAGAGGCAAAUUUUACGAAACAAACACAAAUUAGAUUUGCUUUCAAAAAAUUCUUUAAUACAUGACAGUCCCCAUAGUGAUCGCUACCAAUCAUCUGAAGAAAGAGAUAAAUUUCCAUCUAGAAUUGAGAACUUUCAGACUCGAAAAUCAGGUCGGCGUUCAGUAAGAACACGAACGCGUAGACUAGAUCUAAAAAAACCUAAAACAGAAGAUUCAGGUUAUUUGAGCACUGACUCUAACGAAUCCAAGCGUCGUACAAGAUAUCUAAUGCAACUAAAGCCAAACCAGCAAUCGCCAGACAUUAUUGCAAAACCUAUUCCAGCAUUGGGCCAGGGCCUUCAGAUUGAAUCAGAUACAGAUGAGUUAGAGUCUUUUGGUGACGGUCGGAGUGAGUCAGGAGGAGAAAGCGAAGAAACUGAUUCAGUAUUCUUUGGAAACUUAAAUGACUCUAAAAGAAUGUAUGAAGAAUUAAGGUUGGAAGAAGAAAAUAGAGAGAAGUUAACUCGAAGUCAAGAACAAAUUGAUUCAGGCUUCGCAGGUGAAACGAACAUUAUAUUAAGUGGUGAUAGUGACUCUGAACAUAAAAGUGUUAUUUCUAUUGUGACUGGUAGAGACGGCAGAACUUCAGUCACUUCUAAUAACUCAAAAUUGGAUGAUUCGCCAUACGUUCAAUCUGUAGAAUGCUCAUAAUUAGUUAUUAGAUCGUUUAAGUAAUGUAUUUGAGUGAAAACUUCUUUAGCAGCGUUGUACACUUUUUUGGAAUGGGUAAAAAAUGUUAAACUCGCGUCAGGACACGUCCUGAUCGAAAAUUCGUAAGACGGAU